CUCAGCAGUGGGGAUGCUCCAGGCGCCGCUCAAACUUCAAAAGACUUCAGAGGUCGUCUCAUCCACCACCAACAAAAGUAGCGAUCUGCCAGCAAGCAGCCAUAGCAAAGUUGUGCUGAGAGCCCUCGCCUGAGAGUCUUGUAAGAAGGAGUGUGGCCUUGUUCUUUGAGCAAGCUGAGUAGGGGUCGCCGGCAGCUUUCUUUGGAUUGUUGAUCAUGGGGACGCUUCUUUUUACGGAGCUUGGGGAGCACUGCGCUAAGAGCGAUUGCGCGCAGUUGGAUUUCCUGCCUUUCAAGUGCGAUGCCUGCCAAGAGGUCUUCUGCCUCGAGCACCGCAAGUACGCAGCGCACGACUGUCCAAAAGCUGCCAACAAAUCCGACACCAACUUCGUCCUUCUCUGCCCCCUAUGCGCCAAGUCGGUUAAGCUUGUCGCUAACCAAACCUCCGACCAGGUUCUGGAAACCCACCUUUCAUCAACCGCCUGCGACCCCUCCCACUAUGAAAAAGUCCACAAGAAACCGCGGUGCCCCGUUAAGGGCUGCAGAGAAGUGCUCACCUUUUCGAACAAGGUGCGGUGCAAAGACUGCCAUGUCGACGUCUGUUUGAGACAUAGGUAUGCGGCCGAGCACAAGUGUGAACGGGUGCCGAUCGGGGGUGUGAAUAAGGGCGCGGGACUCAAGUUGCUGGAGAAGCUGGCGGCGCGCCCGGCGCACGGGUGCGCGCAGGAAGUGGCAAAGGAGAAGGGGGGGCUCAAGGGGGGUGCCAAGGGGAGCGGCGGCGGGACAGGGUUCUUAAACCUCUGGUCCUACUAACGACAUUUCGAGCCCUACUGUAGCUUGAGUCAAAAGCUAUGUACAUAAUGAAGUUUCUGUCAAGAUCCAAAUGACAGGUCCGACAGCGAUGGUUCCGACAGCGAUGGUUCUGCAUAACGUUUGGAAGCUUUGCGUUGACUCAAAUUGAGUGACUUUGUCUCGCUGCUAGCGAGUGGGGGGCACUAGGUGCGAGUCAUGACAUUAUGGCUCGAAGGUGUCAGAUUGAAAUGAUCAGGCAUGCGCGCCAAGGCUAGCGAACAUGCAUCUUUCAAUGUGACUUGUGACUGCUGCCUGCUGCUUUGUAGCUCGACCUUACAAGUUUCUGUUGGUAGGACCAAAUGAUUGCGACUCAAGAGACUCUGAUGCUGCGGGUUUGAAGUUGGAAGUUGUCUUUUGUCUGACGGUCAGCAGGCUCAGCAGGCUUUGUUCUUUUCAUUAUACGUAGGGCUGUACUGUGGCAAGUGCGGCCGCC